CGGUGACGUCGGAGCGUCUCCCUGCUCAGCGGUGUCAACAUGGCGGCGGUGGAUGUCAUUGUGAACAACUUGGUGACACUCUGGAGGAUACCGGCCGUCCGGCAAAACUUCCACUGGAUAUUUCUGCUGAUUUCCGUCGCGGGUUCGAUCCUGAAGGAGCUGCAGCUCGUACCGCAGACGUACUUCAGCAGCAGCAGAAAUGCGCUGAAUGUGUAUUUUGUCAAAGUGUCGUGGGGGUGGACGCUGCUGCUGCUGACGCCCUUCCUCCUCCUCUCCAACUCCUCCUUCAGCAGAAGCGCGUACUUCCUCGGCCGGCGGCUGCUGUCUCUGGCGGUGGCCACGGCCGUCUGGUACGUCUGCACCGAGACCUUCUUCUACAUCGAGGACGCGACCGGCUCGUGUUUUGAAACCGACGCCAUGGACGUUCUCAAGAAGGAGUUCACAACCAAAGUCAGCUGCAGGCAGGCGGGCUUCCGCUGGAACGGCUACGACAUCUCGGGACACUCCUUCAUCCUGGCCUACUCCGCUCUCUUCAUCGUGGAGGAAACGGCUCCCAUGGCGUCCCUGAAGACCGCCAGUGUCUCGCCGCUGCCCAAGCUGGUCCUCAACCUGCUCUACGUGGCCUUGAAUCUGAUAGUGAUCAUUUGGGUGUGGAUGUUCGCCUGCACCUCUGUUUACUUCCAUGACCCGUCUCACAAGUUGCUGGGGACCGUAUGCGCCCUGCUGGGGUGGCAUCUGACAUAUCGUGUUUGGUAUCUAAAACCUUUGUCGCCAGGACUCCCCCCUCACCGCCACCCAAAAGAACAGAAACAGCACGCCUAAGCUGCAGUCAUACCUUCCUGUACAACCGUUGCCAAUGUCGUAGCCAUCCUCCGUACAGUUGAUGUUAUCUGUCCUCGGGUCCAAGCUGGCAAUGCUAUUUUAAGCAAUUUUAAGUUAUUCCCUCCUCACAGAAAGGACGGUUUGUACAGGACGACUGGCUCGCAGUUCCUUCGUGGUCGGUCGGCAGCUGCUGUUCCCAAAAUGACUCUUGGUAAUCUGAGAUAAAAGCAAGACGCUGCUCUGCCGCCCAGCUUCCAGCCUCUCACCUUCAGGCUCAGCAGCCCGCAGUGCUACACUAUUGUCUCCCAGUUUGUUGCCUUACAGUGCUUUACUCAGAGUAAUCGCAGUUCUUAGACGUCUGAGUGGGAACACUUUGAGAAUGUUUACAGCUCCAGUUGUGUAGCACUGAUGACGUGUGUGUUUUUUGGAGACCAACUAAUGUUUAGUAGCUGUUUAUUUUUGUUCUUUUUAAUAGGAAACUACCUACAGAACAAAGUCUGAUCAGACACAUUUUAUUUCAAUGAGCUGUCUAAUUUGUAUCACAUGGUUUUUGGGUUAGUGUGACAACAGUUUGUGUUAAGUUUGCUCAGAGGAUGUUGAGCUUGAAUAGCAGAUGUAAAGAUAAUUUUGAUGUGUCAUGAUACGUAGACUGUAAUUGUAAGCCAACCCUGCAGGUGCAAAUUAUUGAUAUAAUUAAUAUGUUGUAAAGGUUAAAGCUGGAAAUAUUGACAAUUAUUUCCGUUAUAGAUAAUCUGAUUAUUAUUUUAAACAGUGAAUGUUCACCACAGGUUAUCUUCAGGUGUCUUGUUUUGUCUGAGCAACAAUCCAAAACCCAAAGAUAUUAAAUUUACUAUCACAUAAAGCAAAGAAAAGCAAAACAAAUCUUCACUAUUGAAAACUUGUAAACAAGCAACAUUCAGUUUCUGAUGAUGGAAUAAUCCAUUAAUCAACUAAUUGUUUUAGUUGUAAUUUUAUUUAAUGUCAACACCAACAUGAAAUGACCAAAACUGAAUUUAACCCACUAACUAGUACUGUAUUAUAAAUAUUGCCAAAGUCUGAUAUCUCUUCAUCUGUGCCACAGAGUUGCACGCACGCGCACACACACACACACACACACACACACACACACACACACACACACACACACACACACACACACACACACACACACACACACACCUUCCUGCUGCCAUAAAUACUCACUCACUAGAUUACCAAAUGUGUAUGAGUCCUGAUGUGAAAAUAGUCCCGAACAAAUGCUCUAUUUGUUUAACUCUACAGUGCCGAGCUGCUAUAGGAAAUAAUUUCUAUUUUAAAAACUGAAAGUUUCUAAUUGUUGUUAAAGAUUUCGUCCUCCUGAGUGCCGCAGAAGUUAAGUAUUAAACGAUGGAUUCAAACAUUGAAGGUUUUGGUCUUUUCAUGGGAUUUGUUGACAAUAAGGAUGCCAAUAGAGUAACGCCAGCCUUGUCCUGUAAUGAGGUAUUUGGGAAACGUAGGUUCAUGUAAAUCACAGCAGUGUUUUUAAUGAUAUUAACGAUGUUGUAAAUCAAAUGACUGACAUGUCAAACACACAAUCUCUCUCUAGAGUGAAGGGAACAUGGUGGGUUUUGGUGAAAUCAAAUAAAAACCAGGAUCUGUGUA